CAAUUUGCACCAGAAAGAAUUUGUAAAUAGUAAUUAACCAAAUUAAUUAGGAUCAUUAUGUUAAUUUGCUUGAAUUCAACCUUUAGACAAUCAACAGGUGAAUUAAGAUGAACAAUUGAAGAAUUGAAAAUCCUAAUUGAAUCAGUUGAGAGAAAGAGAAAAAAAAAUUGUAUUUAGUUAAAUUGUCGAUACAAAAUCAAUCACAAUUUACCUUGUUUUCCACAAUUAACUAUGGUUAAUUUACCAUCUAAAGAUGAACCUCGAUUCAAAUUGCGACUUUUAAUUUGUUUAUGUUCAACUAUGGUUCACUUUACACUUAGUGCUAACAGAGUGGCCUUAACAAUAUCAUUCGAGGCGAUGUUAAGUCCAGAACCAGAUGAGACCAUAUCAACAUCACCCGUUAAUUCAAGCCAACGAAUAGAAAAGACAACAAUUAGUAAAUUGUCAUCAUCAGACCAUCACAAGAAAGAUGACCCGAAAUCAUUGAAACAAUUGAAUGUUAACAAGACCGUUGAUCUUAAUCAAACCAAAACAAAUCCAUAUAAAGUUGAAUUGACCGAAAGUACCAAGGAUCGAUUUUUCGAGAUCAUUUUUUUCGGUGGCCUUAUUUCCCCGAUACCAACGGGUCGACUUGCCGAUAAAUAUGGUCCAAAAUUGGUCGUUACCAUUUUACUUUUAAUCAAUGCAGUUGUAAUGUCUUUAUUUCCGAUGGUCGCUAGUUGGUCAAUCUAUUGUGCCGCUGCUUUAAUGUUUCUGAAAGGAGCGGGUACAAGUCCACUUUUCUCGUGCUCCUCAGUAUUAUGUGCACAUUGGUGUCCCAAAUAUGAGAAGACGAUGUAUGUUUCAACGGUAGCCACGGGCUCCAUGAUGGCCAUUAUAGCAGCUAACCCACUGUCGGGUUUUCUUUGCUCCCUUGAUUUCCUUGGUGGUUGGCCGCUGUGCUUUUACCUUAUGGGCUCUAUUAAUAUCUUGGUGGUCUGUAUUUGGCUUUUAAUAGUAACCAACGAUCCAGCUGAACAUCCAUUGAUAUCACCAGCUGAAAAAGAGCUUGUAUUAAAUGAGAGAACUCCAAUCGAUGAAUUUAAUACAAAAUCGCCUCCGUACCUCAAAAUGCUCACUUGUGGACCUUUUUGGGCCUUAAUUGUGGCUCACUUCGCUUCUUCUUGGUUUAGUACAUUAAUCUCUCAUCAAGUUCCAGAUUAUUUCAAGACAGUUCUCCAUGUUUCAAUGACAGAGGAUGGUAUUUACUCAGGUUUACCUUAUGUUGGCUCAGCGAUUUGUUUAUCAAUUUUCAGUUUCAUUAUUGAUAAACUGCGUGCCAAUGGUAAAUUGUCAACUACAGCAAUCAGAAAGAUAUCUGCCGACAUAGGUUUCAUUUUUGCUCCUGCAUUUAUGAUUCUAUCAACGUUUUUCGGUAAAAAUUUGAUAGCGGUUUUAGCCUGUGUUUGUGCCGCUAAGGCGAUGGCCGCUGCUCAAUUUGCUGGGAUUUACAGUGUCCAUUUAGAUAUUGCACCUUCUUAUGUUGGCUCUUUAGCAGGUAUAAUUGAAACUGUUCAAAAUGGUGCUUCAAUGGCCAUGAAUCACGCGACGUUAUCUCUAAUCGGUGAUCAGCCGACUCUUCACCACUGGUCAAAUCUAUUUCUUGCCACUGCGGUUGUUUGUAUCAUUGGAACUCAUUAUUUUGCACUUUUAGGCUCAUCUAAACUUCAACCUUGGGAUCCAACCUUUAAAUCAGAGGAAAAGGCAAUUGAAGAUGAUCAAAAUGGUGAUAUGUCCUAUCCAACCAUUUUCGAUCCCGAAAUUUACGUUGUCGAUGCGAGAUCAGGUUCAAUUAUCCGAAAACAUUCAAUAUCUGCGGCUAGUUUUGACAUAGUUCACCCAAACUAAAUUGUAAAUAUCGACAACAAUUAAUCAACACUCAAAGAAAACAAUAAUCAUCAAUGGAUUUAUCGAUCAUUGACAAGAAUUAUUCUCAAAUAAUUAUCAUGUUGAAUGAAAGACAAUCCAAAAUAAAAUGUCCAACCUGUUAAUCCUCAAUCAAUCAACAGGAUUACCAUUUAAAUGAUAUAAUUUAAAUGUCAUAUUUUCAUUAAAAGUUGAUAAAAACA